AUGCCCUCAAACAACAAGAACGAGCAGAAGACGCCCGGCCGCAAGGGCAAAGGUCCUGCUGGCCCCUCCAAGCAGUCCUUCUCCGCCAACGACACCGUUACCGUCGCGGACAAAGACCGCGCCGCGCAGAUUGAAGAAAUGAAGCAAAACAUCCAGAGCCGCAAGUACGCAAUCAAGGAGCUCAAGUGGGACAAUGCCAAAGACGCGGCCAAAAUUGCCAAGCUUGAGCAGCUCGAGAUCUAA